CUCCUUGCCAAUUACCGUACGCCACGCUUCCGUCGACUCUGAAUUCUGAAAUAGCAGAAACAACAAAGAAAAAACAGAUUCAGGGAAUGCAGUCGCUGCAAGAGAAAGCUUCCGAGUGGAGCGGAGUCGACUCGGCCGACGCUUUCGCCAUUGACAGCACCAAUCUCUUCCAGAAACUAGGGCUGCAGGCCUUCAUCAACCUCUCCACCAACUUCUACACCAGGGUCUACGAUGACGAAGAAGAGGAGUGGUUCAGAUCGAUAUUCGCGGACUCUAAGAAGGAGGAAGCAAUCCAGAACCAGUACGAGUUCUUUGUGCAGAGGAUGGGCGGGCCUCCCUUGUACUCUCAGAGAAAAGGUCACCCUGCGCUAAUUGGACGACACAGGCCGUUCCCAGUGACGCACCGAGCUGCAGAGAGGUGGUUGCAUCACAUGCAGAAUGCAUUGGAUAGCACUCCAGAGAUCGACCCAGAAUCGAAAGUUAUAAUGAUGAAUUUUCUCAGGCACACUGCAUUCUUUCUGGUGGCUGGAGAUGAACUGAAGAACCCAAAAUCGACCAGUCCAGUGUAAGCUAGCAGCAAACUGACUUCAGUGUAGACUUAUGUACUACAGCGCUAUUGAAAAAGUAGACACCUUUGUUUGUUGUGUAAAACCAAUUGGGGGGAGGGGAUUUUGAUUGUUUUCGAGGGAUGGAAAAACUCUUAGAAGACCGAGAAUGCAAUCUUUUCAAAAACAGAAAAAGAAAGAGUCUCCAUUUACUUGCAAAACCAGAAGGUCACAGCAGAAUGUCAAUGUAAAAGAUGCUGAAAUUGCUGAAUAUUGAUGAGUUUGUCUUUGACUCUGGAGUUCAUCACGACUAAUGGUUCAAGACUUCAAGUUAUAAUAGCAGAAUCGCGUAUAAGCUGUACUGAAUCUGUCAUGAAAUCAGAUUAACGACUAAUCGAAGAUUAGUGGCUUGAGGAACAAUAACAACACCAUCUACACCAAAACUGUGGUAAAACCAUAAUGAUAAAAACAAUCGAUACAACCAGUAGAUACGAUCCUGCAUCGCGAACAUUGCAGGGUGGGAAGGAAAGGCUGUAGGAAGCGAAAUCAAAUCAUCCGUCGGAC